ACGAUGCGGUCGAGGAUGAACCGGGGGCAGCGAGCGGAGCGGGGCCGGGGGGAGCCGGGACCACCCAGGAAGGCAUCGAGGAGAAAGUGCGUCCUCGCCGACCACCACACCUGAGAGCAGCCCGCGCCGGGCCCGAGGUGACGAUGGCGGCCGAAGGGCUGUGGGGGCCGGGCGGCCCCCCCGGCUGGGAGCUGGACGGGUGGUACCAGGACCUGCAGGAGGUGCUGGCGGCGGAGCCCCCCGGGGCCGCCCCCGCCUGGGGAGCCGAGCAGGAGGAGCCGGGCCCGGGCGGCUGCGGGCUGGACCUGGCCCUGGCCGAGGAGCUGCUGCAGCUGCUGGGGCCGGAGGGAGCGGCUCCGGAGGAACCCCCCGGCCGCGGCCCCCGGGGGAGCGGCCCGGCCCGGCCGGGCCCCGCCGAGGAGGCGGAGGAGGAAGAGGAGAAGGCGCGGGGGGCGCGGAGGAAGCGGCGCGGCGGCGCCGGGGCCCCGCGGCAGCGGGACGGGGAGCGGCGGGUGCGGGAGCUGACGGCGCACAACGAGCGGCUCCGCGCCGAGAUCCAGCGGCUGAGCGCGGAGGUGCAGCGCACCCGGGCCGCGCUCAUCGACCGCAUCGUCAACCUGCGCCGGGCGUAGCGGCUGCGCCGGGACACGGAGCGCGCACAGCGACAGCGGGACGAGGACUCUGCUGCCCCACGGACUGCGGGGGCAGCCCCAUGGACAGACGGACACUGCGGACAGACAAGUGGAUGCAGCUGCUCCACGCCGUUGUACAGCUCUUGUCGUUUAUUACACGCGUCCAACCACACCCAGCACGGCCCAGUUUGGUUACUGGAGGCGCCGGGGCCGCUCCUCGGGAUGUCCCGGUCUGGGUACUGGGGCUACUUCUUCCGCUUGCCCUUGGGGACCUCGGGGCUGCGGCCUUCGGCCAGCGCCAGCUGCCGCUUCAGCUCCAGCAGUUUGGCCACCUGGGUGUCCACCUGGGCCUUC